AUGACACCAGGAUUUGGAAACCUCAUGCAGGACGUGCUGUGGUGCUUUAGUCAAGUGAAGGGAACUAUAGACAUUGGAGUGACAGAAGCUGACAUCAUCUCUACAGUAGAGUUCAACCACACUGGAGAGCUGCUGGCAACAGGGGACAAAGGGGGCCGAGUUGUGAUAUUCCAGCGUGAGCAGGAGAGCAAGCACCAGCCCCACCGCCGCGGCGAGUACAAUGUCUACAGCACCUUCCAGAGCCACGAGCCGGAGUUCGAUUACCUGAAGAGCCUGGAGAUAGAGGAGAAGAUCAACAAGAUCCGAUGGCUCCCGCAGCAGAACGCAGCCUAUUUCCUGCUCUCCACCAACGACAAGACCGUGAAGCUAUGGAAGGUCAGCGAGCGGGACAAGCGGCCCGAGGGCUACAACCUGAAGGACGAGGAUGGUCGCCUCCGAGACCCCUCCAUGAUCACCAUGCUGCGGGUGCCUGUGCUCCGGCCCAUGGACCUGAUGGUGGAGGCCACGCCACGGAGGGUGUUUGCCAACGCGCACACCUACCACAUCAACUCCAUCUCUGUCAACAGCGACUAUGAGACCUACAUGUCAGCAGAUGACCUGAGGAUAAACCUGUGGAACUUUGAAAUCACCAACCAGAGUUUUAACAUCGUGGACAUCAAGCCAGCCAACAUGGAGGAGCUGACGGAGGUGAUCACGGCGGCUGAGUUCCACCCGCACCACUGCAACACCUUCGUCUACAGCAGCAGCAAGGGCACCAUCCGGCUCUGCGACAUGCGCACCGCCGCGCUCUGCGACCGCCACGCCAAGUUUUUUGAAGAGCCUGAAGACCCCAGUAACCGGUCAUUUUUUUCUGAGAUCAUCUCCUCAAUAUCUGAUGUCAAAUUCAGUCACAGUGGAAGGUACAUCAUGACCCGUGACUAUCUCACUGUCAAGGUGUGGGACCUGAACAUGGAGAAUCGACCCAUUGAGACCUACCAGGUUCAUGACUACCUGCGGAGCAAGCUGUGCUCGCUCUACGAGAACGACUGCAUCUUCGACAAGUUUGAGUGCGUCUGGAACGGCUCUGACAGUGUCAUCAUGACCGGCUCCUACAACAACUUCUUCCGCAUGUUUGACCGCAACACGAAGCGCGACGUGACGCUGGAGGCCUCGCGGGAGAACAGCAAACCCCGCGCCGUCCUCAAGCCCCGCAAGGUCUGCGUGGGCGGCAAGCGGCGGAAAGACGAAAUCAGCGUGGACAGCCUGGACUUUAGCAAAAAGAUCCUGCACACAGCCUGGCACCCCUCUGAGAACAUCAUCGCCGUGGCAGCCACCAACAACCUGUACAUCUUCCAGGACAAGGUCAACUAGGAGGACACGGCGCUCCCUAGGAAUCUUGUGUAUGGGCACCAGCACACAUGAGAUCUCAAGUGUUGCUUUUCUUUCUUUCUUUCUUUCCUCCUUUUUCCCUUUUCCUUCCUCUUCCUUCCUUCAGUUGUUGCUCUUCAGGUAGCAUCUGAACAGGGUGCAGGAGUGCCCUGCACUCUUAGUUCUGGGGCACACCCAAUUCUGAGACACCCCCAUUUCCUGUUGAGAGCUCAGAGGUGUUGAGUGUUUGCUGUCCCAGUGUCCUCAGGUGGCUCUGGAGGUGUCUGGUCACGGACAAAGUGGUGGUGUGGGCUGUCAGCUAUGGACAGGGAGGGGGCACGUGGUGUGUGUGCCCAUGGGAGGUUCUAGUGAGUCCUUCUCUGAUGGUUCACACUUGACCUGAGCACCAUUCCACCUGUCAUGUUGCAAGACCAGAACAUUGUCCCUGUUGCCCUUUUUCACAUUUGUCUUUUUAUUACUGUGUUUUCACCAAAAGACAGCAAAACCCACCCUAACCUGGGACAGUUCAGAGUUGCAAGGGAAAAGGUUACAGGGGGGAUCUGCUGCACAUUGGCCAGGCUGCUGCCUCCCCCCACCCCAUUGACAUCCUCCUGAGGAUUUGGCUUUGUAGAUACUGUGGUGCCUUUCUUGGUAUAUGAAAUACCUUUA